UUCUGCUUGUUUUUCAUGCAUUGCUUGCUUGAGGAUCCUGUGUUUAGGAUGCUGAUUGGGCUUAGGGUGUUUACGGCCUUGCCUAGUUUUGUCGGCGUUGGACCUUUUGCACGAUGUUAUGGUUUUGGUUGUGGAUCUUGCAUAUUGGCUGCUUUGAGCUUGAGAUCUGGUUUUAGAAAUAUGGCAUCACAUAUUGUUGGAUACCCUCGCAUGGGGCCGAAGAGAGAGCUUAAAUUUGCUCUUGAAUCAUUUUGGGAUGGUAAAAGUACUGCUGAGGAUUUGCAGAAGGUUGCUGCUGAUCUCAGGUCUUCCAUUUGGAAGCAAAUGGCUACUGCCGGGAUUAAGUACAUUCCCAGUAAUACCUUUUCCUAUUAUGAUCAAGUUCUUGACACAACCGCGAUGCUUGGAGCAGUCCCUGAGAGAUAUAAUUGGAAUGGUGGUGAGAUUGGUUUUGACACCUACUUUUCAAUGGCUAGAGGAAAUGCCUCUGUACCUGCUAUGGAGAUGACCAAAUGGUUUGACACCAAUUAUCACUUCAUCGUUCCUGAAUUGGGCCCCAACACAAAGUUCUCAUAUGCUUCUCACAAGGCAGUCUCUGAAUAUAACGAGGCUAAGUCGCUUGGAGUUGAUACCAUUCCUGUGCUUAUUGGGCCCGUAACUUAUUUGUUGCUCUCCAAGCCAGCCAAAGGUGUUGAAAAAACUUUCCCACUUCUGUCGUUGCUAAAACAUAUUCUUCCCAUCUACAAGCACGUUAUUGCUGAGUUGAAGGAUGCCGGUGCUUCAUGGAUUCAAUUUGAUGAACCCACCCUUGUCAAGGAUCUUGCUUCUCACCAGUUGGAAGCAUUUAACACAGCCUACACAGAGCUUGAAUCUUCUUUGUCCGGAUUGAAUGUGGUCAUUGAGACAUACUUUGCUGAUGUCCCGGUUGAGGCCUACAAGACAAUCACUGCCUUGGGUGCAAUUACUGGUUUUGGAUUUGACUUCAUCCGUGGAACCAAAACCAUUGAUUUGAUCAAAAGUGCAGGAUUCCCAUCUGGAAAGUAUCUUUUCGCUGGUGUUGUGGAUGGAAGGAACAUUUGGGCCAAUGAUCUUGCUGCUUCCCUUAGCAUUCUUCAGGAUCUUGAGAGUGUUGUUGGCAAGGACAAGCUUGUUGUUUCAACUUCUUCCUCCCUUCUACACACCGCUGUUGAUCUUGUAAAUGAGACAAAGCUAGAUGAUGAAAUCAAGUCCUGGUUGGCUUUUGCUGCACAGAAGGUGGUUGAAGUUAAUGCACUUGCCAAGGCUUUGUCUGGUCACAAGGAUGAGGCUUUCUUCUCAGCAAAUGCCGCUGCUCAGGCGUCAAGGAAGGCUUCUCCUCGUGUGACCAAUCCUGAAGUCCAGAAAGCUGCCGCCGCUCUGAAGGGCUCCGAACACCGCCGGGCAACAAAUGUCAGUGCGAGGUUGGAUGCCCAACAAAAGAAACUGAACCUUCCAAUUCUUCCUACCACCACCAUUGGAUCAUUUCCCCAAACCAUUGAACUCCGAAGGGUACGCCGGGAGUAUAAGGCUAACAAGAUUGCCGAGGAAGAGUAUGUCAAUGCGAUCAAGGAGGAAAUUAACAAGGUUAUUAAGAUCCAGGAGGAAUUCGACAUUGAUGUCCUUGUGCAUGGAGAACCCGAGAGAAACGACAUGGUUGAGUAUUUUGGUGAGCAGUUGUCUGGUUUUGCUUUCACUGUCAACGGCUGGGUUCAAUCUUAUGGCUCCCGAUGUGUCAAGCCCCCCAUCAUCUAUGGUGAUGUGAGCCGACCCAAAGCAAUGACAGUUUUUUGGUCCUCCCUGGCCCAGAGCAUGACCUCGCGCCCCAUGAAGGGAAUGCUGACUGGCCCUGUCACAAUCCUUAACUGGUCUUUUGUCCGAAAUGACCAGCCAAGAUUUGAGACCUGCUACCAGAUUGCCCUUGCCAUCAAACAGGAGGUCGAGGAUCUCGAAUCAGCAGGCAUCAAUGUUAUCCAAAUUGAUGAGGCCGCUCUAAGGGAAGGCCUUCCUCUCCGCAAGUCUGAGGAAGCUUUCUAUUUGGAUUGGGCUGUCCAUUCUUUCCGGAUCACCAACUGUGGGGUGAAGGACACCACUCAGAUUCACACCCACAUGUGCUACUCCAACUUCAAUGAUAUAAUCCUUUCGAUCAUCGACAUGGAUGCCGAUGUCAUCACCAUUGAGAACUCCCGCUCGGAUGAGAAGCUCCUAUCUGUGUUCCGCGAGGGAGUCAAGUAUGGCGCCGGGAUCGGGCCUGGAGUGUAUGACAUCCACUCUCCCCGCAUUCCUUCCACAGAUGAAAUCGCCGACCGGAUCAGGAAGAUGCUUGCUGUCCUCGAGACCAACAUUCUGUGGGUCAACCCUGACUGCGGCCUCAAGACCCGCAAAUACACUGAAGUCAAGCCUGCUCUCACCAACAUGGUUGCUGCAGCUAAGCAGCUCCGCACCGAGCUUGCUAGCACCAAGUGAACCCGAUCUCCAUUAACAACCAUGGUUUGAAAACAUCCAUCUUUAUGUCGGAGCCAUCCAAAUCCUUCAAUUUUUGUUUGUUUUCCUCUAUUGAGUUUGCAGGAGCACUUGUAUCCAUCCCCUUCCGUGUCUUUUUAAUGUUCUCAUGGGCAAUUACGAAUCACGUGAAAGGGUUAGUUUUGUUUUAUGCCUUUCUGCUUUUUUGCAGUGUGAAAGCACUUGCAGCGACUAAUUCUGGAAUGCUAUUUCCUCUACUUUGUUUA